CAGUAGGUCUUGUCAGUUAGGGGGAGAGUUUAAGUGGUGAGGAGCGGAACCGCCAUUGGGUUGUGCAUCUUUCACCAUGGUUGACACACGUAAUGGCACGAGUACCACCCCCUAUACGCCCGAACAGGAAGCCAAGGUCGCCGCCGCCCUGAAGGAGAGAAGAGAAAGGAAGGAGGCCAAGAAGAAGGCCUUAUUAGAAGAGCAGGCGGCCAAGCUGAAAAAGAUCGAGGAGGAGAUGGCCAAAGAGAAGGAGAGGCUGAGGAAAGAGGAAGAAGAGAAGUUGAAGGCGGUGGACGAGGAAGAAGAAGAAGAAGAGCAACCACUGGAAAGGCGGAGGGCAGGCGACAUAGGAGAAUCCAAUGGGGUUAAAGAGGAUCAAUUGGAGAAGAGAAUCACAGAAUGGGUUGCAGGACUAACCCUGGGGGAAGACGAGGAGGCAUUGAUGUAUGUGCCCAGGGAUGAGCAGGAGGCGACUAUAAGAGAAUGGGAGGCUGAAGAGGACCCGCUCAAGCGGCAAAUGUUGGAGGAUAAGAAAAGGAUGGAGUGGAAGUUUCGCCUCACCAGGGAAAGGAAAAGAAGGAUGGAGGCCGCUAGUCAGGCGGCGAAAGAAUUAGAAGAGAUAAAGAAACUGAGAGAUCAGAUGGCGGUACUGGUAGAUUUAUUGGGGAAGAUGGAAAUUAUGGCGAAGAAUAUAGAGCGCCUGACACAGGUCCAGAAAGAGCAAUUUCUAUUUGGUAGAAGUCAAGAUAUUGCCGUGUGUUCUAUACGAUUAGGGCUCAGGGACUUCACACGUGAACUGGCUACGCAGGUGGGCACCGAGGUGAGGGCCCGCCUCGAUGGGACAGAGCGCUAUUGCACUGGCGCCAUUGAGGGCACCAGACUAACCGCUCCCAAAGGGGAGGAAGUACGUCCCCGUAGGAAGCCGGUCAAGGUCAAAUUUCCUGAUUCGUACAGUGGGAAGAAGGAAGAGAACUUUGACAACUGGGAAACGAAUGUUAAGACCUACGUGCACUUGCAGAAAGGUUCCCCAGAUGAGCACGCCCUAAUCGUCAUCCAUGCCCUGAAAGAGGAAGCCGCCAGUUUUGCCUGUUCCCCGGUAGGCAUCGCUAACUGCAAUAUUGAUGUCGUUGCGUAUUCUGCGUUCACUCCCCUCAGUGACUUUAUGAAAUUAUUGCGUGAGCGGUUCGCAGAUGUUGCGCGUAGUGUUAAAGCCUCCGAUCAUUUGCAAACCAUUCAUUCGCGUCAGUGGAAGAGUGCCAAGGCACUGAAAGGUGUAAUGGAUGAAUUGAUUGCAAUCCCUGACCACGGGGUCACCGAGACCCAGUUGGUCAACCUCUUCUACUGGGCUAUGCCCGAAUCGCUGCGAGGGCACUUCUUUGAGAAGAGUCAGCAACCCACCAUGACCUACGACGCCUUGAGCAGGGAAGUGGUGGUGUUUGAAGAGCGGUCCAUGUCAGUCUCCACUUUCUGGCACAAGGAUCUAGACAAGGGGAAAAAGUGGAAAGGCCGCACCAUCUCUGGUCAGGUUAAGACAAAGGAUCAUCUGAUCCCUACCUUAGACGAAGGUGGUGUCGAAGAAGUUCCCUACGAACAGAUAGAGUGGGGGCUUGAGGAUGAGGGCAGUAGCGAAGGGCAAGGGAGGACUUACGCUGCUGCCGCGGCUGGAGGGAGGUCGCAAGGAGGAGGAAGAGGUCAGGGCCAAAGGGACCAGGCCUCAAGGGGCUGUAGCUAGGGCGAUCAAGGGGUUGGCGGUAGAGGAGGAAACCGCCAAGUGGGCGGUAGGGGUCAAGGUCCCCCGCAAAACC